AUGUCACCAGAAUAUCAGGAAUCAGACAAUUGCAAACUUGAACUGAAGUAUGCUCAAACACGACGAAAACGAAUUCUCCCAUGUAUAGUGACCAAACAAAAAGGAUGGAAGCCGUCUGAUUGGUUAGGAUUGAUAACAGCUGGACUAUUGUAUGUAAAUUUUAAAGAUGAUUCAGAAGAAACUAUACGAUCGAAAGCAAAGGAAUUAAUCAAUCGAAUAAAAGAACAAUCUUCUUCAUUGGAAUCAACUUCUGAAUUAACCUAUCUAACGGAAAUAAUUAAAUAUGAAUAUAUGCGAACACAAAAUACUCAUAUUGGAUUUAUUAUGGAUCCAAAUAAAUCUUAUCCAAUCAAACAAAAUUACAUUAAUUUAAAUAUUGUAAAAUCCAAAGAUCUACAUGAUAAAAAAAAGAAAAUUUAUGAAGCUCAGCUUAAUAACGCUGCUGUAACUAAUUUCGAAGAUAUCGAUGACAUAAAAGCUGAUAUAGAUAUCAAAGACAUUUUUGAAAUCUGUAAAAGCCAAGAGAAGCAGCUGUUGAUAACCGGACGAGCUGGAGUUGGUAAAUCAGCAUUUUGUCGAUAUGUUGCCUACCAAUGGGCCAUGGGUUCACACUGGUCACAAUACAAACUACUUGUUUUUAUUCCAUUACGUCAUUUGACAGCAAAUCGCUAUCCACCCGACAAAAAUUAUUCUCUUUUAGAUCUCGUUAAAAAAGAACUUUUCAACGACAAUCUAUCAGAAUAUGAUACCAAACUUUUGAAAAAACAAUUCAAUGCUAAAACAACACUCUGGGUUUUGGAUGGAUAUGAUGAAAUUGUACAAAAUGUACCACCACAUUUGGGAUCCUUAUUCAAACAAUUACUCAUCACACCACACCAUAUUUUGACUUCCCGUUCAUGCAUGAAUACAUUAUUAUACAAUGUACAAAUGGAAAUUAUGGGUUUUACCGAUCAGAAUAUUGAAGAAUAUGUUCAGCAAUUUUUUCAUCAAAUAAACAACGCAUCAAAUAAGAGUAAAACUUUAUUGAAUUUCUUAAAUAUAAAUCAAAGUAUUUCAAGCAUAGCACAUAUUCCAAUUAAUCUAGAAUUGAUUUGUAGUCUUUGGACUCAUGAAGAUUGGACAGAAACAAAAGAACUAACAAUAACAAAAUUAUAUACAAUGAUGACAAAAUCACUAUGUGAACGAUACUUAAAGGGAUUAACUGAUCGAACCUUACAAAUAUCCACGAAUGAUGUUGAAGAACAUUGUCGUAAAGAAUUGACAUUCUUAGAAAAUUUAGCAUUUAACGCAAUGAAAAGUAACAGUAUUAUUUUACGACCAUCUUUACUAAGAGCUGCAUUGAAUGAAAUGAAAUUAUCUGUACAAGAAUAUCCAUAUAUUCUUAAUAUGGGUGUUCUACAAAAUUUUGACAAACAGGAAAACAAUAAUCAAUUUGAAACAAACAAAGAUCAUUAUUUUGUUCAUUUCAGUUUUCAAGAAUACUUUGCAGCACGAUACUUAGUUAAUACUCUGAAUGGUUCAUCACGCCAGAAAACAAUCGAAUUUAUCAAAACCAAUAAGUAUAAUCAACGUUAUACAUUACUUUUUGCGUUUGUAUCCGGCCUUCUUGCGCAAAGUCGUCUGCAAUCGGUAAUUGAUGUUUUCAUCAAAUUACUUCGCAACAAAGAGUCAGCUACAAAAAUCAAAGUCUGUCGUCUAAUUUCUAAGUUAUCAUUUGUAAAUGUAUCACAAACGUUGCUCCGUUCACUAGUUAGAGCGUUUCAAGAUAAAAACUCUGAUGUUAGACGAUUUGCAUGUAAAGCUCUCUGCAACAUAGGUAAAAAUACAGCAACAAAUAACGUUAUUAGUGAACUGUUGAUUGCACUUGAAGAUAAGAAUAAGAAUGUUAGACGAUAUGCAUGUAUAACUUUUGAAAAAAUCGGUGAAAAAGUAGCAAUAAGUGAAGUAAUUAAUCGACUAGUGACUACACUUGAAGAUGACGAUGCGUAUGUUAGGAUGAGUGCAUGUCAAGCUCUUGGGCAGGUGAGCACAAAAGUAGAAAUGAAUGCAGUGAUCAGUCAUCUAGUGAAUACACUUAAGGAUGAGAAUGAGAAUGUUCGAAUGAGUGCAUGUAUCACUCUUCAGAAAAUAGGGGAACGAACAUCAAUGAAUGAUCUGAUCAGUAAGCUAAUGAAUGCACUUAAACAUGAGAAUGAAUACGUUAGACAAUACACAUGUCAAGUUCUAUCAGGAAUAAAUGAAAAGGCAAUAACGAAAGAAGUCAUCAGCAAUCUACUUAUUGUACUUUACGAUAGAAUUGAUGAUGUCAGAAAAAGUGCAUGUGAUGCUCUUGGAAAAAUAAGUGAAAGUACAGUAUCGACUGAAAUAAUCAAUCACUUAGUAGUUGUACUCGAAGAUGAGGAUGAAUAUGUGAGAAAGAGUGCAUGUGACGCUCUAGGAAAAAUAGGUGAACGGGCAGCAACGAGCGGAAUUAUCAAUAAGCUAUUGAUGGUACUUGACGAUGAGAAUGAAGAUGUCAGAAUCAGUGCAUGUAUAGCUCUUGCGAAGAUAGGUAAAAAAGCAGCAACAAAUGAAGUGAUUAGCAGGUUACUAACAGCACUUGAACAUGAGAAUGAGUAUGUCAGACAAUAUGCACGUGUAGUUCUUGGAAAGAUGGGUGAACUAGCAGCAACAAAUGAAGUGAUCAAUAAACUAGUGAUUGUACUUGAAGAUGAGGAUGAGUAUGUCAGAAUGAGUGCAUGUCAAACUCUUGGAAAAAUGGGUAGAAAAGCAGCCAAUAAUGAAGUGAUAAAUAAGCUAGUUGUAAUGCUCGAAGAUAAGAAUGAAAAUGUGAAACGAUCUGCAUGUAUCGCUCUUCGAGAAAUAGGUGAAACUACAGCAACGAAUGAAAUGAUUAAGAAUCUAGUAAUUGCACUUAAUAGUAAGGAUGAAAAUAUCAGAAUGAGUGCAUGUAUUGCUCUUGACGAAAUAGGUAGAAAAGACGCAACGAUUGAUAUAAAUAGCAAAUUGAUGGCUGCACUUAUACAUGAGAAUGAAUAUGUAACACAAUAUGCACAUUUAGCUCUCGGAAAAAUUGGUGAAAAAGCAGUAACAAACGAAGUAGUUAGCAAGCUAAUGAUUGCACUCGAACAUAAGAAUAAGUGUAUCAGACAAUACGCAUGCCAAGCUCUCGCAGGAAUUGGCGAAAGAGCAGCAACGAAUGAAAUGAUCAGUAAACUAGUGAGUGCACUUGACGAUGAUAAUCAUUAUGUCAGAAAAAGUGCAUGCCAUGCUCUAGGAAAAAUGGGUGAAAGUGUAGCAACGACGGAAAUCAUCAGUAAACUAGUAAUUGUACUUGACGAUAAGAAUGAAGAUGUCACGAUGAGUGCAUGUAUAGCUCUUGAAGAAAUAGGUGGAAAAGCAGCAACAAAUGAAGUAAUUAACAGGCUACUGACUGUACUUGAGCAUGAGAAUGAAUAUAUUAGACGGUAUGCAUGUCGCGCUCUUGGAAAACUGAGUGAUAAAGCAGCAACAAAUGAAAUAACCAAGAAGUUGGUAACUAUAUUAGAAGAUGAAGAUGAGUAUGUUAGAAUAAGUGCAUGUCAAGCUCUUGGAAAGAUGAGUGAAAAAGUGACAACGAAUGAUAUUAUCAAGAUGCUAUUGAAUGCACUUGGAGAUGAGAAAGAAAAUGUCAGAAUGAAUGCAUGUCAAGUUCUCAAAAAUAUUGGAGAAAAAGCCGCAAUGAAUGAAGUGAUAAGUAAACUAGUGAUUGCACUUCAAGAUGAGAUAACGUAUGUAAGAAUAAGUGCAUGUCAAGCGCUUGGAGAAAUGGGUGUCAAAGCAGCAAUGAAUGAAGUCAUUAGUACGCUAGCGAUUGCUCUUGAAGAUGAGAAUAACUAUGUGAGACAUUAUGCAUAUGAAGCAUUGGGGAAAAUGGGUGAAAGAGCAGCAACUAAUGAAGUGAUUGAAAGAUUAUUAAGAUGUUUUAAUUAUGAAGACCAUAUUGAUAUACGUGCUAUGCAUUCAAUACUUGAAAAGUUUUUGUCUUUUUUCUCAAUGUUGAUACAAUUAGAUUCGAAUACAGUUGCUACACUUCAUACUUAUACAGAUCAAGGAUACCAUCCUAAUGAAUCAACAAUCAAUUCAAAAUGGUUUGACUUCCAUUGA